UCUCGGAGGAUCGUUCCCGGCUACCUGUACCCUCCUCGUUUCCGACGCGUGCACCAUGAGGAUUAUAACUUUGGUAAUCCCAUUAUGCCUUCUGCUGCUAGCAGAGGCGAAGCGAGUAGAUCUGCGGCCUCGCAUAGCCGAACCGCAAGUAUAUUACGAAGAAGACGACAGCCAAGCAGCUGAGGACGAUUAUAACCCAGCAGUGUUCAGUCAACAACGUACUCGUGCCCUUCCUUCGCCACGUUCGAAGGACGCUCUGCACUCAUCCAAGCCACCACCAGUUCAGACUAUUCGAAAUUAUAACAAGGUGAACGACGACGGAUCUUUCACUUUCGGCUACGAGGCAGCAGACGGUUCGUUCAAGGAGGAGACUCGUGGAACCGAUUGCGUAGUGCGCGGUAAAUACGGCUACAUUGACCCUGACGGUAACAAAAGAGAGUUCACCUACGUAUCCGGCAAUCCCUGCGAUCCCAAUGCGCCAAAGGACGACGAGGACGAUCUCGCUGACAAGCAAGACGAUGACGAACUCUCCGGCCCAGCCAACUAUCCAGCGGUCAGGCCAGUACCGAGACCGGUGCAAAGACCAGCUUAUCAACAACCCACCACGCGAGCACCUACGACCAUCUUCCAAACGCAGUAUCAGCUAGACGAUGACGCCAGUCAAGAGUUAAGCGAGGAAGACCUAGUUAAACCGCAGCUGAGACCAAGUGCUUACAGACCGGCUCAACAGCCAACCUACGUUCAAGUUACACCGUCCACGGCACUUUACGAGCCAUCACCCACGGCCAGCCCUGCUCUCUACAGAUUAGCCUCCUCCACGACGCAAUAUCAGAGUACAGCCUCGCCUGUUCUUCGCGGCCAGCCCACGGUCGCCUCCACGGCUUAUCAGACCCUCGAAACAACGACCCGCCGUCCAGUCACUCGUCACCCGAAGCCACAAUCGGUCGCAAUCACUCCCCGGCCCCACGUUGCACAAGUUGCCGCCCAGUACGUGUCCCCUAGUAGCACCGAGCGCCCAGGGUUAGCCUACUCCCGUCCCUCGGCGGUCACCGCGUCGCCCAAUCUCCGCAGCACGACCGCAUCUAGCACAUCUCACCUUGACUUUGCCGCCGAGCUCGAGCGUUACGUGAACACCGUCGGCGUAGCCAGUCCCAAGCCCGUGCAACCGUCGCCCCAAUCAUCGAAACUAAAAUUAGCCGGUCAAUCGCCGAUCAGCGCCUCUGCCGCAGACCCCAUCUACCAGUCGGAGCUGGUGUACGAUCCCGCUACCGGUCAGUACAAUACCCAACUUUAUCAAUCGCUACCCCAAACCGUGGGUGACUUCACCCUAAGUCACAAACUCCAACCGUUCGUAGCCCAGCCCCAGUCCUACCUUGGACUCCAGCACCUGCAGCAGCUUCAGCCCCAGCAGCCCCAGCGUCAGUCCCCGCUUUAUAAGCAAACAGCCUCCCAGUUGGCCCAAUCCGCCCCUGCUGGCGCUAUCAGCCAACCCCAGGAAGUGUUGUACAGGAAACAGCAAACGCAGCUGUUGCAGCAGUCGCAGCAGCUAUACGCUCAGCAGCAACGACGCCAGCAGCAGCAGCAGCAGCAUCAGCAACAGCAGCAGCAGCAGCAGCAACAGCAGCAGCAGCAGCAGCAAUCCGCGCAGGCGCACAGGCUUCAGCUGCUAGAGUCCCAGACGCAACCCCAAUCCUUCUACUACGUCGCGCCUGCGAGGUCCUCCAAUGCAGCCAGUCCACCUCUUUCCGUAGGUCAGAUCGAUCACUAUCUUCGAGCCAGCGCCUCUCGUUAUUGAUUCCGUCCAGCCUUGCGAGUCUUCUUUCCAUCUACGAAAUUUAUAUAGGGUACCCCUUUUGAAUGUUUUAUACCUUUAUCCGAUUACGUAUUCGGACCACCCGCGGCACUUUACGAGCGAGAUGGUGCUGUCAGUCGGCCUGGCGCGUGCGUAUCCGGGAUUUAAUUGAUCGUGCACGGUGCUGAUGGCAAUCUGAUUGUUCAAGGCUAUCGAUCAGCGAUCGGUGUUCUUUGCUAUCGGUGUUUCAAUUAGUCCAGUUAUUUUGCUUUCAGAAGCAGGGUGUUUUAUCCCUGUCUUCUUCUCGGUCCAACCUUCGUGGUUUGUUUGCUUCUAGUGAAAUCUGUUACGAUACAAGGGCAUCACGUUGCACACAUCGAAGGAUCGAAUAUUUAACACAUUUUUGAUUAAGCUUGGAAACUUUUAAGUUACCGUUGUGUGGCAUUCGAAACCUAAUUCGAGUAUGUUAUUUAUUUAGAUCUAAUAAUCGUAACUCUGAUUGUAUCGUGUAUGUACGUGGAACUUUGCUAAGCUAUUUACGCUCCAGGAAGGAAGAAAGCGACAUGUGCGUGAAACAUGGGUGCCAAAAUGCCUCUCGUACUGCAGACAUUAGCGACGGAGUUGCAUAAAGUUUACAUAAACGUAACAUUUGCUAUAUCGACCAAAGUACGAACUUCACCGAAACAUCGACGCUUCACUGAUACUCACUGUGAUAGAACUAGCUUCCGAAAUAUGGUCAUUUAACUUUCUAAAAUUCCAUAGAGGCCUAACAAUUUUGCUGGUUUUUAUCCGCGCAAAGAAACGCCGUUCGUGAAAAUACGAUCUUUCUUUCGCCAUUCAGGCUACCCAGAACUUGUUUCGUUCCAUAACGAUGCAAACUCCGAGAACUCGAGGAGAUAAUGAUCGAUAUUAAUGACACCAUCGAAUGAUGAAACCCAAUAUAACGACAGCUUGUCACUCUAGCUGUAAAAGUUUCAUAGGCAAUAUCGUGCCAAUUUCGAGAUCAGCUUCGAAAGCACUUUUUCCUAGCGAAGAACGACUCUCGUUAGAGAGUGAAAGUCAAUGACCUGACGCAAUACUCACGCACACGAAACACAUUACCAUGGUAAUUUCUCGUCGCGUCGAACUGUACGGUAACACGCUACACCGCAUAGAUUCUACGCCAUGACCAGAAUAUUCAUCGUGUACACACGACCGCUUCGAAUAGGAUCCCGACCUACGUAGUCGCUGAUUUGAUUACAAAACGCCAACUCGUAGGAUCCGACCGGAUAAACAGUUGCUGUUGUAACAACGGUGCUACGUUUAAUCCCAUCGAGACUGCAUUUCCCAGGGAAAUGAUUCAUAGGAAAUGCGUAGAAGUCGUCGAGGACUUAAUUACAAAGUUAAACUAGCCUCCACCAGUAGAUCAGAGCAAUUAUCCUCCUUGCUGUCUUCCAUAUCGAUUCAUCAAACUGAAAGCUAACUUGCUUGGC